AUGGGUGGCCAACUUUCCAAGGUUAUGAGCAAGAUCUUCGGAUCCAAGGAGAUGCGACUGCUGAUGCUGGGUCUUGACGCCGCCGGUAAAACAACAAUCCUGUACAAGCUCAAGCUCGGCCAGGACGUCACCACCAUCCCCACCGUCGGCUUCAACGUCGAGACCGUCACCUACAAGAACGUCAAGUUCAACGUCUGGGAUGUCGGUGGCCAGGACAAGAUCCGUCCUCUGUGGAGGCACUACUUCAGCGGCACCCAGGGUCUCAUCUUCGUCAUUGACUCUUCCGACCGCGCCCGUAUGGACGAGGCCCGACAGGAAUUACAUCGCAUCAUCAACGACCGAGAAAUGAAGGACAGCCUGCUCCUGGUGUUUGCCAACAAGCAGGAUCUCAAAGAAGCCAUGUCGCCCCAAGAAGUCACCGAGGCUCUCCAGCUCUCCAAGCUCAAGGACAAGGUCUGGUACGUCGUGCCCAGCUGUGCCACGACCGGCGAGGGUCUGCUCGAGGGUCUGGCCUGGCUCUCCAACAACGUCAAGGCCCCCGCCGCCCCGGUCAAGAAAUAA